CUGGCAGCAAUGAUUUCCCUGCACUGUGUGAAUUUGUUUUCAGAAAUGUCUGUUUUGAGUUUGUUGAGGAGUCCACAACUUGGUCCAAAGCCAGGAGCAGCUGUGAAAAGCAAGGAGGGGAACUCCUGAAGGUGAUGAACAACCCAAUAAAAAUCUUCCUGAAGAGCCUCACCAAAGAGAGAAACAUCAGCAACUUCACCUGGUGGCUGGGGAAGGGGGUCGCGGGAGUGUACCAGGGACCUGACAGAAAAAAUGUUGCCGUUUCAAAGGACAACUGCAUUUACAUGAAGCUGCGUCCUCUUCAGCUCUUCAUAGCAUCUGACUGCAACCAGAGACGAGGCUUCCUUUGCACCCACAAUUUGUGGUCCUCAUCAAACACAAAGAAGACAGUCGUGUCCAGUCAUGGGACCAGAGCCCGUCUCAAAAGGGAUCAAGAGGGCAUGCGUUUGCAUGUUGGAGACAUUGACAGACUUCUCCAGGAAGCAGAUAAAGAACUAACGCGAAUGGAAUUAACAGGAGGGGAGCCGACAGAUGACAACAGGGACAAAUUCAUUCAAUAUUUGUUGGAGGGCACAAGAAAACUGACUCCAGAAUUCGCUUUGCAAAACAACGUCACAAUCAGUCGCAUCAUCAACUGUAGCACCGGCAUCCUCCUGCUCUCAUUGAAAAAAUGUGACAUCGACGUUAACCCAAACCCUACGUCUUUGUUUGAGGAUAUCUUUGAGAUCUUUCGGGCAGUUUCUUUGCUGCUGGGUUUGGCUACCACAGAGACAUUUAUUAUCAGGCACCCAAGAGGCGUUAUCUAUCAGAGCAGUCACUCACCUGCUGACCUCAGCAAUGCGGUGCUGGGUUCAGAGAGAGAUGGUGCGUUCAUCAGACUCCCCUCAUAUUCAGCACUUGAGGCUCAGCUUGGAAAGCACAGCAGAAUCAUCUCUCAGAUGGCUACAUUCUCAGAGAAUCCUCAUCCGUCUGACGACAACAUCUCUGGGACUCUCUGCAGCCUUUUGCUUAGUGACGGAGCCUCAGACAUAACGCUGGCAAACCUGACAGAGAUGAUAGAGAUCUUCAUGCCUCAUCCAAAUGCUUCAACAGUCAUUAAUAGUACCGUUGUGUUGGAGGAAAACACCUCUGCGCUUACAUCAAUCAACGUCUCGGACCCUACAGCGACCGUAUUCUUCACCGUGGAGCCGAGCACCAAUGUGUCGCUGCUUCUUCGGUUGUCUCAAGGGUCACCUCCUAACGACACAUACUUCAGCAACACAACCAUCCUGAGCCAAACGGGAGGCUAUCGCUGGACGAUAACCCCAGACAUGUUACAGCGGACUCCUGGAGUCUGGUACGUUGACACCAGACUCUUCAAUUCCACUUGGGAGAGAGGCCUGACGCUGAGGAUCACUUCCUUUGUCAGCAAGUGCUUGUACUGGAGCAUAGAGAAGGAGACAUGGAGCACUGAAGGCUGCCAGGUGGGAGAGAAGAGCACCCCAGAGCAAGCGCAGUGUCUGUGUAACCACCUCACUCUCUUUGGGAGCUCCGUCAUUGUGAUGCCGAACUACGUGGACGUAUCUCGCACGACAGAGCUGUUUGCUACCGUGUCUGAGAACUACGUGGUGCUGGCACUGCUGUGCACUUUCUUCGGCCUGUACCUGAUCACUCUGCUGUGGGCCUGCUAUGCUGACCGCAGGUCACGCUCUAAGAGGAAGAUGACUCUGCUGGAGGACAAUCACCCAGGUGCUCUGUACAACUAUCUGAUUAGCGUCCAGACUGGCCAUCGCAAGAAUGCUGGGACUACUGCCAAUGUGACAGUGAAGCUGAGUGGCUCAGAGGGGGAGAGUGACAUACACAACCUCACAGAUCCAGACAAGCCUGUGUUCGAGAGAGGAGCUGUUGAUAUGUUUCUGCUGGCCACACCCUUCCCACUGGGAGACGUGCGAAACCUCAGACUGCAGCAUGACAACUCUGGAGGUCGCCCAUCAUGGUACAUAAACAAGGUGACCAUACAAGACCUCCAGACCCGACAGGUGUGGCACUUCCUCUGUGACUGCUGGCUGAGCGCUGACCGUGGAGACGGAAUGACCAAGAAAACCUUCAAUGCUGCAAAGAACAACGAGAUUGCCAGCUUCAGGAAUAUUUUCCAGAGCAGAACGUCGACUGGCUUCAGGGAUGAACACAUCUGGGUGUCCAUAGUGGAUCCUCCCUCUCGUAGUCCGUUCACUCGUGCCCAGAGGGUCUCUUGCUGCAUGAGCCUGCUCCUCUGCACCAUGGCCAUCAAUAUCGCCUUCUGGAACAUUCCUACAGAUGAGGACUCGCCAGUACUCUUCUCGUUGGGUUCUUUGCAAAUCACCUGGCAGGAGGUCAUGGUGGGGGUAGAGAGUGGCCUACUCAUGUUCCCAAUCAACAUCCUCAUCAUCACCAUCUUCCGAAGCAUCAGACCUCGCAUAAUUUCAAAAUCUCAAAAAGGCGACUCUGAGGGGAACUCGAGACCACCCGCAAUUACCAUACCAAGUAUUCUGAAGGAUACAGAGGAAGUGAUUUCUUUGGUGAGCAGAAGUCAGAGGAACAAGAUGUCAGAGGUGCACAAGCUGGAGUCCAUCGCUGACCUCUGCCCUGCCUUGGACAGAGUGCAUGAAUUCAUUCAUCUUAUGCAAGGGGAGAGUGAGAGUGACCCCCACUGGGUGUACUGCAGCAAGUUCCUCCUGGCCGGUCUCUGUCACCUCAUGAUGUGCUUGGAGAGAAUGGAUGGAAAGAACUUCCCGAGUCCAUACGAGUACCAGCAGACCCUCAACGUCACCAACCUGCUGGUUCGCAAGGCUGAGAUGGUCUUCUCUAGCCACUUGGCCUACUGCCCACCUCCCGUGAGGAAGAAGGAGAAGUCGGCAGGCUGCUGGCUGCCCUGGUGGUGUGUGUUCCUGGGCUGGUUCCUGUUGCUCUCCAUCAGUGGAGUGUCCACAUUCUUCACCCUGCUGUACGGUUUUCAAUACGGCAAAGAGAAGUCCAUCAAGUGGGUCAUGUCUCUGGGCCUCUCCCUUUUCCAGAGCAUCUUUAUACUCCAGCCUCUCAAGGUGAUAGGCCUUGCUGUGGUUUUUGCCCUUCUGCUGAAACCUGUAGCUGUGGAGGAGACUGAAGAAAUUGAGCAAGUGCUGUUGGAGCAACAAGACAAGUGUAGACGGUACUCUGGCAGGGACACGCUGUGAGGGAGCUGUGAGGGAGGUUAGCGGGAUGAGAUGUCUUCUCUGACGGGCCCGGGUGCAAUCCACAGCGCCCUCGCUUCUUAAACACUCUUUUGCACUUAUUGGAGGUUUUACUUUCUGAGCAUAAAAAUUGCAUAACACAUUCUGAUGUUUUUGUAUAUGUACAGAAUUUCCAGUGCCUCGGAAAGUUUUUUCUGAAAUGGGUAAUUAAAUAAUGUUCCUGCAUGUUGAAGCAUUGCUUUUUCAAGUAAUUUACAUGACGAUGUUUGUGUGUAUAAAGACUCUGGUUGCUUGUUCAUCUGUGGAUACGCUGUCAACGCGCAAAAUUGGUAGAAUCCAUGUACAGCUUCUAAAGGCACUGAGGCAGGCUUGGAUGGCAAACAUCCAAUAAAAUAAAUGUAAUCAACAAGUAAUGGAAUAGAAGCCCUGCUAGGAUGAUUCAAAGUCUAUAUACAUAUUGAUAUAAUUUGUUAAUUUUAAGUUCAGCCAAAUUCAUUUGGGUUUUAGUGGACCAUUAAUAUUCUAAAUUAUAUUUCAAUGGCUUGUACAAAAGGGGGAAAUGUCUUGUUUUAGCAUGAAAAUGACUUGGCUCAAAUAAUUUGCUAUCAGCAACUUUGGAAAUAUUGACAUGGUCAGCAUUCAAAGCAGCCUGUCAGCAUGACUCAUCAUCACAGUGUCUGACGGCCAGCCAUCGAUUCUACGCCAACAUGGACUUCCACUUUUAGAGAAGCGGGAAGACGCUUUUACGUAAUUGCACAUAUGGGAGCCAAUUAUUAAUUGAUCACUUUUUUCAUUUCACCUCCGUCACUGUAAUACAUGCUGAAGGUGCAUGUCAUGACUUUUCAUCAUACAUGCCUGCUUCUGUGCUCUUCAGUCUGCCCUGCCUUUGAAUGAUUCAUGUCGCAGACCUAACAACGUUCGUUCGAGUUCGUGCUUUUGGUUUGGGAAUACGAGCAGGUCUGCAGACACGUCUUAGACCUUCUGUCCUUUUUUCUUAAAUCAAAAACAACUGGUUUAUUUAUUGUUUUCAUUUAUUGAUACUGUGUG